GCAGCGCAUGCGCGGGGCGGAGCCUGUGGUCCUGGCGGGGCUCUGGGUACCUAUCUUCGCAUUCGGGUUGUUGCUCAGUAGUUUCCAGGCUCGCGAAAGGGAGGACUCUGUUUGAGUCAUGGAUUUUGAGAAUCUUUUCUCAAAACCCCCCAACCCGGCCCUCGGCAAAACGGCCACGGAUUCUGACGAAAGAAUCGUUGAUGAAGUAGAUGUUGCAGGAGUUGAAGAAACACAAGAAGAGAAAUCUAAACAGGAGUGCGAGCAAAUUUCCAAAAAAUUCAGACACUUUGGAAACUCUACAAUAUCACCAAAAAGUUCGCUGCAUAGAAAAUCAAGAAGUAAGGACUAUGAUGUAUAUAGUGAUAAGGAUAUCUGCAAUCAGGAACCAGAAGAUAAUUUUGCCAAAGAGCUUCAGCAAUACAUACAAGCCAGAGAAAUGGCAAAUGCUGCUCAACCUGAAGAAUCUAUGAAGAAAGAAGGAGUAAAAAAUACCCCACAGGCUGCUAAACAAAAAAAUAAAAAUCUUAAAGCUGGUCACAAAAAUGGCAAACAGAAGAAAAUGAAGCGAAAAUGGCCUGGCACUGGAAACAAAGGAUCAAAUUCACAGGAAGAGGAUGGUAAACCUAAAGAGAAGCAGCAGCAUUUGAGUCAGGCAUUCAUCAAUCAACAUACAGUGGAACGCAAAGGAAAACAAAUUUGUAAAUAUUUUCUUGAAAGAAAAUGUAUUAAGGGAGACCAGUGUAAAUUUGAUCAUGAUGCAGAGAUAGAGAAGAAAAAGGAAAUGUGUAAGUUUUAUGUACAAGGAUAUUGUACCAGAGGUGAAAACUGUCUGUAUUUGCAUAAUGAAUAUCCUUGUAAGUUUUACCAUACAGGAACAAAAUGUUAUCAGGGAGAAUAUUGCAAAUUUUCUCAUGCUCCAUUGACUCCUGAAACACAAGAAUUAUUGGCUAAAGUUUUGGAUACUGAAAAGACAUCAUGUAAAUAAAAUAGACAUAAAAAGGUAGCAUUGUACAGAUGAGUAUUUACGCCCAUGCCUGUUCAAGACUGUUCAAGACUGGUGAUUUGGAAUAGUUUACAACAUUCCUCAGUCAGAGUGCCCUCUUGUGUGAUUGGGAUGAUGUGCAGCUUCCAUAAUGGAUGGGACAGAGAGCUGGGAUCUAAUGUACAAGUGAAGGGCUUGGUCUUCACUGAGACAUUCCAGCCAUUGGAAUAGGAGAGGAGCAUAUAUGGCAGAGAUGCUGGCUGGUGGGUAAAUGUCACAGUAAAUUCUAGAAACCCCUUCUGAUUGAUUGGAUUUCCUUGGUAAAAUAGGAAGCAAGGUUAGGCUGAGUGAGGCUGGGUGACAAGGUAGAGGAGUUUGAGGAGAGAUUGGUAGAUGGAUUGUAAAAACAGAGUUAGUUCUCUUUAUGUCAUUAAAUAUGUCACAACAUAGUUUCAAUAGUUGUUCACAAUUUCAUUUUAUGGCUUACAUUACGGCUCUAUGAUUUUUUAAAAACCAGUUUCCUAUUGUUAGACAUUUAUUUCCAAUUUCUUACCAUUAUAAAUAAAAUGAAACAAUAUCUCUUACUAUACCACUUCUAGAUUUGGAGUUCCUAAUGUUUCUAUUGUUAAAAUAUAAGAAUAUUUAUCUUUCUCAUUGGUUUAUAACUGUAGUCAGAUUAAAUACUUGUGUGCAGUAUAAACUUUAGGAGUGUGGUGGUAUCAUUAACACAAGAUUCAAAUGCAAAAUGUUCCAAGUACAAAUAAUGAGAUUCUAAAUAUGCAGUUUUAUAUAGUAGUAUUGAUUAUUAUUAGACAAAUACCAUGAAAUGGAAACUAUCAUCGUUAUAUUGUUUUAUUGCUGGGAAAAGUAAUAGUAUUACCAACUUGCUGGACAUGCAGAGUACACCAAAGCUAGUGAUACUUCUUAGCAAAGUCCUGUUUGAAAAUAGGAAUUAAAGUUAUUUUCAUUGCCAUCUAAUCCCACUAAAGCAAGAAAGGGAAUUGCAUAUACUCCAAGCAAAGGUUUGUCAGACAAGACCAAAGAAAGCAGGAAACAAGGAUAAAUCCUAGGCCCUUAGAAGCAGGAAACUGAGGGGUGGAGAGCAAGUCAUCUGUCAGUGCCCUUUUGCUGUCUGCCCAGGCCGAUUGGUUUACUUCCCAGCUGUGGCUAGGGAGGAGGGCAAGGCACUUCUUAUGUAAGUCUCAUAACAACCUUAUAAGGUGGAUAAUGCAAUUCAUUGCAUAAAAAGCGAAUAAAUAGGAGUACUUAAUUUUUUAAUUUU